GGACUUCCUGUUCGCCUUAUCAGUGAUUCUUUCUUUUCGGACCAAUUUAUUCAUCUUUAUCAGAGGAUCAGUUCGAAUCAAUGUUUCAUAGUAAUAGUCUCAAAAGCCUUCCUUUCACGAGUUGCUUUCGCAUUUGUUCGUCAUUGCCUUCACUAUCGUCGACAGUUUUCAAUCAGACUACAUUUAAGCGAUGGUAUGAAGAUAUGCUCCUGUGUCAUAUCUUGCUUUUCAAUUCACAUCCAUAUUUCACAUCUUGAAAUGCUCUUGACUACUUCAACCUCUAAUGGGGUGGCGCCUACACUGGAAACGCAGACUCGAUCGUUCAAACUUCCAACAGCAGCUGAUCUUGUUGCUUCUGCACCUCCUGCUCUUCGACCUUAUUUACAGUUGAUGCGUCUUCACAGUCCAACUGGUUCAUGGCUACUAUAUUGGCCGUGCACCUGGUCGAUUGCCUUGGCUACUCCCGCGGGUCAUCUACCUUCGCUGUACUACCUCAUUUUAUUUGGAGCAGGAUCUGUAUUAAUGCGCGGUGCAGGAUGCGUUAUAAAUGAUAUCUGGGACAAAGAUUUUGACAAACGGGUUGAACGCACAAAGUUGCGUCCACUGGCUUGCGGAACCCUAAAUCAUCGUCAAGCAAUCUCGUGUUUAGGAGUCCUUCUUUCAGCCUCUUUUGCUAUAUUGAUGCAGUUCAACUGGUUCAGCGUUGCUGUCGGUGCCUCAUCUUUGUUUCUUGUGGUAGCGUACCCCCUUGCCAAGCGGUUCACUUACUGGCCGCAGUUUGUUCUAGGUGAGUGUCGCGCAAUCUGA